UUCGCGGAUCCCGAUACGCACCGCCGCUACGACCGUCCGCUACUGCUACUGGUCCGCUACUGGCGCGGUGCGCGAUUGUAACCGGCGUUCGACACCGGUUCCGGGUAGUGGUAGUGGUAGUGUGGUCAUCGGUGCAGUGCACCGCACCUCCUGCGCAUCGGUCCGUCGUACACCGGUUGUUCGUUUAUUGUUCGCUUUCGUGCGAUUCGCGAGGUCGUCAUCGUUUCGUCCGGUAUUCGUAGUAACAAUAAUAGUUUGUGUUAACCGUUGUUCGCUCCUACUCCGGCCGACGAGAGUUUCACGCGCAGCCGUACGAUAGCCGUUCGUCGUGCAGAUAUUGAUAAAAUAUAAACAAUUUUCCAAACCAAAAUCAUGAAUGCAAUUUCUGCACAAUGGUCAGUUUAAAAUCCUUUGUUUGCUGAAAGUGGGAUUUUGACUUCUAAAAAGAAUCCAAAAAACAACUAGGUAGUUACCUCCGUUGGAUCAAAGUAUUAUACUUCGGAAGCUCAAAGAUGUUGACAUAAACGGCAUCGCGCAUCAGGUCGGGUCAGCCCCUCGGGACUACCACGACGACGACGACAACGAUGGAUGUAGUCAGCGGUGGAGGAGCGGGCGGUGGAAAGCAGCAGUCCAGGACGUGGCACAGACUGAGCUUGAAACAAUACAAAAGAGCUCCUACGCAGGAUACGGAGAGAACGCCGAAAAAAUGGACAAGUCUUCGUCAGCACCGCAAAACCACCGAGGAAUCCGUAUCGGAAAUGGAAUCAUCGCCACAGACACAAAGACGCACUAAUUGGGCAGUUUACCAACAUUUUUCGACGGCUUCCGACUCGCCAACUCCAUUGCUAAGUCGCGGCGCCAGCGAGACGGUCAACUAUUACGCGGAAUCCGACCAGCAGCCGGACGCGUCCGAGAGGGUUUCGCUGUCGCCCAACUGCAAGUUCGGUACCGGCGGUCUGGCCGACGACAAUGGAGACGUGCUGCGCGACUUUUCCGAGCUCGGGUGUUGCCGGAAAAUCACCACGCUGCUGACGUCGUCUCACCAGUUCAACAACUUGCAGGUGGAAAUGCUCUACCAAAGAUAUUUCCUGCGAACCAACCAAAGCCACAUGGUCCACUUGUUGGUGCUGCUCUGUAUACUAUUCACUUGCAUGGCCAUAGCCGUUCUGCUGUCCAACUACGAGACUCAGGUCCAAUGUUCCUUGCUUCUUUUGUGUUGUAUACUUAUUUACCUAGUCAUUAUAGGCAUAGUGUCGCGGUCCGGGCUAAACGAAGUGUAUUUAAGUUUCGUCUCAUACGUGGUGCUGGCCACAUUCCUGUUGAUCGAACUGUCCUUUGGCGUGCUGAUCAAAUCCCAAGCAGUCACCGUGCCCACGUUGGUGUUCGUCUACAUUUCUUACAGUUUGCUGCCGGUCAAGUUGCAGUACGCCGUCGUGGCCGGGACCAUGUUCAUGCUCUCGCAGUUAAUAUUGACCUUGACUAUGGAACACGAACUAUCGAUACAGAGUCUCAUAAAUUUACUGCUGUUGGCGUGCACAAAUGUGACCGGUGUGAUGAUGCAUUACCCUAACGAAGUGGCGAAAAGACAAGCGUUCUUAGAGACCAGACAAUGCGUCCAGGCAAGAAUGGCUAUGCAAAAAGUUAAUCAACAACAGGAAAGGCUGCUUUUGUCAGUAUUGCCCCGGCAUGUCGCUAUGGAAAUGAAGGCCGACAUCGCUGGUAAACGCCACGACAGCAUGUUCCACAAAAUCUACAUACAAAAACACGAGAACGUCAGCAUUCUGUUUGCGGACAUUUGUGGUUUCACUAGUCUGUCCGAUCAGUGCACGGCUCAGGAGCUUGUAAGAUUACUUAAUGAAUUGUUUGCAAGAUUUGACCGUUUGGCUCAAGAAAACUCGUGUUUACGCAUCAAACUGUUGGGGGACUGUUACUAUUGCGUGAGUGGUCUGCCCGAGCAUCGACCAGACCACGCCAACUGUUGCGUCCAGAUGGGCUUGGACAUGAUCGACGCGAUCACUCUGGUGAGGGAUGUUAUGGACGUCAACGUCAAUAUGAGGGUGGGAAUACAUUCGGGUCGAGUGCACUGCGGCGUACUCGGACUUUGCAAAUGGCAGUUCGACGUAUGGUCGAACGACGUGACGCUAGCGAAUCAAAUGGAAAGCGGCGGAAUACCUGGGAGAAUACAUAUUACUGCGGACACGCUCAAGUAUUUGGGUAACGCUUACGAAGUGGAACCCGGUAAUGGUGGUGAGCGUAAUACGUUUCUUAAGGACCACAACAUUGAAACAUAUCUUAUAGUACCGCCGGAAAUGACUUAUGUAUCUCAAUAUUACAAAAAACAAAGUCCUGGGCACGCUCAUAAUGGCAAUAUAUCUAAAGAGUUCAGAAUAAUGGGACACAACCAACGUCAUAAUACAUUUUCAUGCAAAGACGAGCCUGAGGUGAACAACGGCGAGGUAGACGAGUACCUGUUGUGCGCCAUCGACGCUAGAAGUAUCGACCGCCUUAAAUCCCAGUACUGCUAUCCAAUCACGUUGAAAUUCCGUGACCCUAGCAUCGAGCAAAUCUACAGCAAAGUGCCCGAUCGGAUGCUCUACUCGUACAUGACGUGCACGGUCUGCAUUUACCUGGCCAUCACCGCCGGCCAUGUGAUCAUCCUUCCGCUAUCGUAUUUGCUGCUGGGAUGCCUUAUAGUCGGUUGGCUGACGAUCGUUCUGUCGGCGGCCGUGAUUUUUCGCAAUCGACUGAUGGAGAUCACUGAACCCUUGAAAAAAGCGUCGCAAACAAUCAACCAAAAUCGGUCCAUAGCUCAAUCGUUGGCCUUGACCAUAAUCGUCUGUUGCUUUCUGACUUCCAUGACGCCAUUGAUCAAACACAAACUGGAGGUGUGCUUCAGCGAACAAAACCGAAACGGAACCGACGUGUCAGUCGCCGAAAACCCGGAAAUGCGGGAGACCACUUGCCACCUACUGUUCAAUUACAUGACCGUCUGCGUCAUCAUACUUAUGAUAUUGGUUGCCGUAUACCAGGUGCUCAUCAGUCUAGUCAAGCUCUUCUUGUUGAUAUUCAUAUCAUCCAGCUACUUUAUAUCUUCCAGUAUAUUUCUUAAUCACAGGCCGAUUGAAGAAUCUUUUUGGAUUCGUAUUUUUAUGUUUGUCGUCAUGAUGGGACUGAUUGUCGCGUUAAUUCUACAAGCACAACAGACCGAAGUGACUUCUAGGCUAGAUUUCCUUUGGAAACUGCAGGCAACGGAAGAAAAAGAAGAUAUGGAACACUUGGAAGCUUACAACCGUAAACUUUUAGCAAAUAUUCUUCCUGUUCACGUGGCCGAUCAUUUUUUGACUUUAGAUAAGCCCGUUGACGAGCUGUACCACGAGCAGUGCGACAGCGUUUGCAUAAUGUUCGCAUCCAUACCGAACUUCUCCGAGUUCUACGUAGAGCUAGAGGCGAACAACGAGGGUGUGGAAUGCCUGCGGCUGCUGAACGAGAUCAUCGCGGACUUCGACGAGCUGCUGGGCGAGCCGCGUUUCCAGUGCAUCGAGAAGAUCAAGUCGACCGGCGCCACAUACAUGGCCGCGUCCGGGCUGACCAGGAACACGUGCGACAGCAAACAGUACACGCACGUCACCGCCAUGGCUGACUACGCGCUCCGCCUGCGCGAGCAGUUGGCCUACGUCAACGAGCACUCGUUCAACAACUUCCGCAUCAGAAUAGGCAUAAAUAUCGGUCCAGUGGUGGCAGGAGUUAUAGGAGCUAGAAAACCGCAAUAUGAUAUUUGGGGCAACGCCGUUAAUGUAGCCAGCCGAAUGGACUCCACAGGAGUGUUGAAUGAAAUACAAGUUACCGACGAAGUGUACGAAAUAUUGAAGUUGAAAGGAUACCCGUUGACCUGCCGCGGUGUCAUCGAAGUGAAAGGAAAAGGGAACAUGGUUACCUAUUUUUUGAACGAUUAUGCUCAACAGAAUUAACUGAUGUUGACGUGUUGUACAAUAUUGUUGUUGUUAAACGAAUCAUAUUAUUAUUAUUAUUAUUAUUAUUAUUAUUA